AUGAAGGUCACAAUCAGGGAGUGGAAUGCGGUGGCAGCCUGGUGCUGGGACAUGCCUGACGACGAUGUUUGUGGUAUCUGCCGCAAUCCCUAUGACAGCACCUGCUCCAAGUGCAAGUUCCCUGGCGACGAGUGUCCGCUGCUUCUCGGCGAAUGUAAUCACUCUUUCCACAUGCACUGCAUUCUCUCGUGGCUCAAGCAAGAAAGUUCGCAAGAGAAGUGCCCCAUGUGCCGUCAGCCUUUCAAGUCCAAGGGUCAAGACGCCACCUCCGCCGGGGCAGAUCAGCCUACGCAGCUGCCAGACAGCAUAUAA